CGGGAGCCCAAUUCCGACUUCUCCGCGUCUACGUACUGUCUGGCAGUGCAACGAUCAAGGAGAUCCUGCACUAUAUUUUACGAAGAUGGUAUCUAAUCAGCAGGAGGUACUCGUUCCACCUAAGCGAGUGAAUACCGACUAUCCGCUUAUUGAUUCCGAUCCGCACUUGAGACGUGUUUUUGGAUAUGCCAGGCCUUCUGAUUAUGCCAUCGCUGGUGGCAUGGCUGCCGUGUCCCCAAUUUCAUUCUGGGUUAUGGAGAGAGUGAGUCCAUCCCAUGUGGGGAGAGGAGGCUUUGCGCCUGUUAUGCGCUUGGCGACUGCUAUCGGUUUACUCGGUGGUCUCCAUGUGCUCUACCAACGAUCAUGCAACCGAUUUUAUGGUUUCACAGAGAACUCAAGAGAGGUUGAAAUGGACAUGAGGGAGAUGGUUGAUAAGGUCAAGAAGGGUGAACCUCUAUAUGGCACUUCCACACUCUCACCCUACCUACAAGGUGUAGCAGCAAGGAACUCCAGGUAUUCAGAGUUGUUUGUGCAUGUCAUUCCGUGGUUUAACAUUGUGAACCACAACCAACAUGGUGUUGACACUGCCAAGUACUAUCAACAAGCUGAAAGGGAGCUCGAAGCUGAGUCGGCUAAAGCAGGCUCUAGUUGAAUGUAUUUUUCGACUUGCAGUGCGCGUUAAAUGACAUCCAACAUUCUGUGUUCG